AUGUCAGAUUCCAACACAACUGACUUCAUCAACCCUCCCACCUUCAUCCUGCUGGGCAUUCCUGGCCUGGUGGUGGCCCACAUCUGGAUCUCCAUCCCCUUCUGCACCAUGUGCACUUUAGCCAUCUUGGGGAACUUCAUUAUUUUGUACAUUGUAAAGAGGGAGCCAAGCCUCCAUGGCACCAUGUACUAUUUCCUCUGCAUGCUGGCUGUCACCGACUUGGUUCUGUCCAUGUCAAUCCUGCCCAAAACGCUGAGCAUCUUCUGGUUCAAUUCCAGGGAGACUGAUUUCAAUGCCUGCCUCACCCAGAUGCACUUCAUUCACUCUUUCUUAGUGAUGGAGUCUGGGAUCCUCGUGGCCAUGGCUUUGGAUUGUUAUGUGGCCAUCUGCCGUCCUCUGAGAUAUUCCACCAUCCUGACAAACAUUGUGGUGGCCAAGAUCAGCCUGGCUGUGGUGCUGUGUAGCAGCACAAUCGUUCUGCCCUGUAUCCUCCUGGCUAGGCAGUGGUCUUAUUGCAGAACCAACAUUAUCCCCCACACACACUGCAAGCACAUGCCCAUAGAGAAGCUGGCCUGCGCCGACAUCUGCAUCAAUAAUUACUAUGGCCUUUUUGUUGUAUUCUCUGUGAUCUGUGUGGAUGUGCUUUUUAUGUCUAUGUCCUAUACUCAGAUCCUCAGGGCCGUCUUCAGCCUCCCCACAAAGGAUGCCCGGCUUAAGACUUUUGCGACAUGCAGCUCCCACCUCUGUGUCAUCUUAGCCUUUUAUAUCUCAGCUCUCUUCUUCUCUCUCAUGCACUGGUUUGGUCACAAUGUUUCCCUGCAUUUCCACAUGCUGAUUUCCAACAUUUACCUCCUGGUGCCCCCCAUGGUAAAUCCCAUCAUCUACAGAGUGAGGAACAAACAGAUCAGGAGCAGGGUGCUCCGGAUCUUUGCUCAUAAAGGGACCUAAUUUUUUCUCCUGGUGCUCUGGCUCUGCAGAGCUGGCCGGUAACAUGGUGCUGGGUCCUCUUCCUUGAAUCACUGACUGGACAGUCAAAGUGACAUUAAUCUGUUUCCUGGCCUUACUGUGCUGUGUCAGUGCGACAUACUGGGGAAUUGGUCUAUGUAGAACUCAUUGGGUUGCCACCUUUCUAAUUGCUGGUAACUGGAGACCAGAGGCCUCACAUAUUCCCUCAGAGCCGCUUCCAAUUUUGUGCCUUUUCAUCCAUAGCUCUGACUGUCACUCUCUCCUCUCCUCUCCCCCAUCCCUUGGUGGAUCAUCUCUACCUUCCUCCUCCCUAUUCCCCCCCACCUGGACUCCCUCUGCUCCGAGGCUGUGAUGGGAGCUGCUGCAGCCUGACAAGGAGCCUUCAGUGAGGACAGUGGGGAUGCAGCACAGGACCUGACAGGCCAGUCAGGAACAGAGCAGGAAGCCAGGAAGCCGUAUAAAAGCAGCUGAGGGUUGAGAGCCGGGCUGUGUGGCCGGCGGACAAGAUUGUGCACCAUACAGCUUGUGGGCCCUAAAGCUCAGCUACAGAGUCCUGAGGGCAGAGACCAUUGUGUGGCUUAUUUCCUUAGCUUUCAGCUCCCUUUUUCUCCUCCUGG